AUGAACAGACCAGAAGAAUAUAAAUUUAUACCAACUCAAAUUCAAGAAGAACUAAUGAAAAGGGUAUUAGGAGAAGAAAGAUAUAACAGCGAACCAAACAAGAAAAAAUUUUUAAUUGAACUACCAUCACUAAUGACUCGAGAACAAAUCAGAAAAUUUUGGGAUGAGGAAAUUGAUAUAGAACCAACAACCAGAAAAACAAGACCAGUGAAAAUAACACAACGAAAUAAAACAAUUUCGAAAUUAUUAAAAAGAAAAGAACAAACAAAAACAGAAUUCAUGAUACCAAUAUUUACAAUCCAUAAAAUAUAUAGACCAUUACCAAAGAGCCGUAGCUGCAGAAAAACAACGCUUACAAAAAAUCUUGAACAAUAUCUUGAAGAACGACACCAAAAAAUAAUUAGAGUAGAAGGAUUACCAAAUGAAAUAUCUGAAUCACUAGUCCAGAUAAACAAAAAUAAAGAAAAAUAUGCAUUCGCACGACAAAUGUGUAUACUCGAAGAAUACCAGAAAAAAUGGUAUCAGCUAAAACUUAUAACUGAAAUUGACAAAUCAACCUAUAUCCUUAUGGAUCGAAUAUUUAUAGAUACUAUCAUCUUUGAAAAUAUCUAUAUUGAAAAUCACGAAGAAAGAAAAAUUUUAGAAAACAUUCGACAACAAUUAAAAGAAGCAUUAUACUCAAAAGAACAAAAUCUAAGCAAAGAUGAUGUUAAUACAAAAUAUCUUGAAGAAAUAUACCUCUCUUACGAAAAAAAUAUUUUAGAAGCAUACCCAAAUUACAUUGAAAUCAAUAACAACCACGAAAACUUGAAUGACAUAAUUAGAACCAUAAUUUCAGAAAAACCAACUAUUGAAAACUCCAAACAACUAGAAGAAGUUGAUCAAUUACCAAAAAAAAUCAAUAUUAAAGAACAUCGAAAAUAUACUGUGAUAAUACCAUAUAUCAUGGAAAAAAUAGAACAAGGCGAUAUAGUAAAACCAAAAAUCCUCACUGCACAAAGAACAGACCAAUGUAAAAUAUACCCAAAUCAAUGGUCAUGCUUCGGAGGAAAAGUAGAAUUGAAUGAAACAUAUUUCGAAGGAAUUGUACGAGAAGCACAAGAAGAAUUGGAUCUAAAAAUAGAUCAUUCACGAAUGCAACUUAUCAUGAUACACCACUAUCAUUCACAUAAUCAAAGUGGAACAAAACUAUUAUACAAUCAUGAGACCAAAACUGUACUCGAAACGAAUAGAGUAACCAUACCAAUUUGGUUAUAUCAUUUAACUGAUAAAGAAAAGAAUUUUAUCAAGAAUAUGGAACCAAAUAUCCAAACAAACUUCAAAUACUUAUUACAAAAAGAAGUACAACACUUAUGCUUCACACCAACAAUUCACAUGAAUAAACAAAAACUAUUUGAAUUAUUAAUACCUUAUUACGAAAAUGAGUAUAUUACCAAAAAAGGAAAAAUCACUUAUGAUCCACACAGAUUAGAUCCAGAAAAGGAAUACGCCAAAGAAAAACCUUUACACCAGAAAACUAAUAAAGGAGUGACAAAAACGCCAAAACCCCCAAAACAAUAG